AUGGGUGAGGCAUACGACCCAACGACCAUCUUCAGCCCCAGCCGAGAGUUGGCAGCCCGCAUAGGGAAUCAGAAGCCCCGACAAAAGACGAUCCCGUCGUCCUCAUUCUAUCGCAACCUGGAAGACGCACUAGAAGUUAAGAAGAAGUCACACACGUUCUAUUCGAUUCAACAGAACCUAUGGCAAGCAGCCGAGUCCACAGUCGACUUCAUCUCCAACGACAUUCUCUCCUUUGGCAUCAACGGCAUCUUGAAGACAGAAUACCUGAAAGAGCUUUCCCGAUAUGAUCAACACAACCCCGGGGCGCCGGGAUCGCGACUCGCCGAAGGAAACUACGCCUAUAUAGAAGAAACAGAGCAGCAUAUCGCUAAGUUUCAUGGCGCUGAAACGGCACUACUGCUGGCUUCUGGAUUCGAAGCAAACGUGGCCAUAUGGACGUCAAUACCACGACCGGGCGACGUGAUUCUAUACGACACCUUAGUUCACGCCAGCACCCAUGAAGGUAUCGACCAGAGUCUGGCAGGAGAACGAGAGAGUUUCGCACACAACAACAUCGAGGACUUUCGCCGCAUCUUAACAUGGAUCAUAGAGUCCAAUCCGUUGAUCCAAAGGGGUGCAAGAUCAGUCUUAGUAGCUGUCGAGUCUGUCUAUAGUAUGGACGGUGAUGUCUGCCCAUUGCAAGAACUUGUUGAUGCCGCGAGGGAACUGGCUCCUUCCGGAAGUGUCCAAUUUGUGGUCGACGAAGCCCAUAGCAAUGGCAUAUAUGGGCCUCAAGGCAAAGGUCUUGUGUGCGCUCUUGGUCUGGAAAGAGAGGCCCAAGCACAGGUCCACGAUCUUGUGGAUCUCUUCUUACAGUCAAUCAUAUCGCACCCCCUCUGGGAACGCGCAGAACACACCGGGCUACUUGCCAUCCCCCUACUAAAGGACUGGGAAGGAUCGCCAACGGCGACAUCUCACAUCAUCACAAUCCGCACUCGACAACCAUACACGUACUGGCUGUAUUUCCACCUACUACUAAACGGCUACUGCGUGUUCCCAGUCGAGCACCCCGUCGUCGCCAAGGGCGAAAGUCGCUUAAAGGUUACAUUCCACGCCGGCAACACGGAAGAGCAAGUAAGCGGCAUGGUAACAUCGGUUUUCGCGUGGAUCCAGGAAAUGAUGGAAAUCGAGGGAAGCAAGGAUGAUGCGCAGCGAAUUGCCGUUUCGCAAGCUGCCCACAAGGUCUAUACUUGGAUGGCGCAUGAAGGGCUGACUGGGUUUGGCAUGCCUGCUUCAAUGGUGAGAUACUGA